AUGGAGCCCAAGUGUGAGUUGGGAGCAAUGACAAGUUCUCAUGUUCUAGGAACUUCUAGUGAGAGUAUCAUCAUCGACAGAUUUAGUGAUCUCCCAGAUGAAAUUGCUCAUCACAUUCUUUCCUUCCACUGUGGCAUCUUAAUGAACCUCAUCCGAGAGGGCGCAGUGUCCAAGAGAUGCAGACAACUUUAUCUAUCACUUCCGUCUUUGAUUAUUGUUUCAGGUCAUGUUUCAAACUGCACCAGGUCGAGGGUAAGGUUGAUGAAUUAUUGGGACAGGUACUUGUUUCAUCGUGGUGAUAAUAAGAUAGAGUGCUUUGGCAUUUGCUGGUCUUUCGAUGCCGCAGUCAAUGCAGAGAUAAGUGAUGAGUUUUUUCGAAUCACCACGUGGAUCCAAAAUGCAGUAAGGUGUAAUGUUAAAGUGCUUCACCUUGAAUUCACUCAAAACAACUUGAAUAUAGUUGUGUUACCAUCUUGCAUCUUUCAUUGUCAUUCUUUGACGGAACUCUAUGUGAACUUGAGUGGGGGUGAUAUUCAAUCACCCUCCUUGUCUUUUUCAAGUAAUCUCCAGCACUUGGAGUUGAAGGAUGCUAUGCUUGAAGAUGACCAGUUUUUCGAAUGGAUAUCAUCUUCCUGCAAAUGCAUCAAGGAAUUACGUCUUGAAAAUGUUAGUGGAAUAAAAGAUAUCACGAUUGAGAGCUCGUCUUUGGAAAUUUUUAUUUAUCUGUUUCCUUUUAACAAUUAUGAGCUCUGGGAUCUUAACAUUUCAGGGGAGAAACUUGAAGAAAUAAUAAUACUUUGGCAUUUUGAUUCGAAUGAUGAUUCAAGACGUGGUCUUAUACCUCGCAUCAGGUCGCUAAAUAUUCCCGCCCCAAAGCUUAAAAAGAUCACGUGGGGUGGGAACUUUCUGGAUCAUCAGCAUCUUGGGAACUUGAUGUGCUUAGAAGAAGCUAAGAUUUUUCUGGUCCCCGACUUAGAUGACUUCAAUAACCCAUUUGAGGUUCUCUGCAGUAUUCGCUGUUAA